ACCCUGCGUGGCUCGGCACGUGCACUACGUCACCAGAGUUGGCACUUGGCACCCUGAACAGCAGAUGGUUCGCGACAUGAAACCGCAACAUUUGGACCCUUGGCAACCACCAACCCAACUUCGCCCCCAUCACUUCAACGGUCCCAACGCCGUCAACAAGGCAAAAGGGAGAGCGGCGCCACGAUGGACAUAUUCCGCGGGCCCGAUCUGAACAGCAGCAGUAGCUGCAACUCGACCGGCAGCGUGCACGUCACGCCCUCCAAGAGCCAGAAGGACCUGGGCGUGCAGCUUGUGUUGUCGCUCGCGCUUGGUGCCACGGCACUCAUCACCUUCUGUGUAUUGCGCCCACGAUGGCCCCAACUAUACGCCGCGCGCAAGCGACGAAUCGAACCACAAAUUCGGCUGCCCGAACUGGGGACAUCGUUCUUUGGGUGGAUGCCGAAGCUAUACAGGAUAACGGAGCAUGAGGUCCUGGCAAGCGCAGGUCUUGAUGCCUUUGUGUUCCUGAACUUCUUCAAGAUGGCCAUUCGUCUUUUCUGCGUCAUGGGAUUCUUUGCCCUGGUCGUUCUUCUACCCAUCAACAACCGAUUUCGAGAUUUCCGACCGACCUUUGGUGAUAACAAAACCGAAGACGGAAAAGACAUAUCCCAGCUGGGCUUGUCGCCUACGCUCUUACCGCUUGACGACGACGACAGCAGUUUCGGCAUGUACAAGGGCGGGCACCACAAGGACCUCAGCUCUGAACGAACAUAUCUAUGGGCCUAUGUUUUCUUCACGUACCUGUUCGUUGCGAUGACAAUGUACACCAUAAACUGGGAGACAAUCCGCAUCAUCAAAUUCAGACAAGACUACCUAGGUUCUCAGUCGACUGUCACCGAUCGAACUUUCCGUCUGACUGGUGUUCCCGAGGAUCUUCGAUCCGAAGGCCGUGUCAAGCACUUGAUCGAAAAGCUCGAAAUUGGGAGCGUCGAGUGUGUAACGAUGUGCCGGAAUUGGAAAGAGGUCGACGAUUUGAUGGAUGAUCGAGACAAGCUUCUGCGGAAGCUUGAAACAGCAUGGGCCAAAUAUCUACAAUCGCAAAAUAAAGACAAGCAAACACAACGGCCAGGCCAGGUUGCGGCACCUGCAAAUGGCAACCCAACACCGCACAUUGACGAGGAGGCCGGCGAAACCCAGCGCGUCCUCGAGGACAAUACAGACAACCCGCACAUGAUGGAAGGCGAGCGACCGCAAACAACGAUUCGGUAUGGGCCAUUUCUUCUGCGUUCUCGCAAAGUGGAUGCCAUCGACUAUUACGAGGAGAAGCUGCGCCGGAUCGAUUCGAAGAUCGUGGCUGCAAGGAAAAAGGAUUUUAAGCCAACCGACAUGGCCCUGGUCACGAUGGACUCUGUCGCGUCCUGCCAGAUGGUCAUUCAAGCACGGAUUGAUCCUCGGCCUGGCAGUCUCCUGACCAAAGCCACACCGGCGCCCUCAGAUCUGGUGUGGAAGAACACGUACGCGAUGCGUGGCAUCCGUCGCCUCAAAUCAUGGUCCAUCACAACCUUCAUCUGCAUCCUGACUAUCCUCUGGAUAUUCCCAACCGUUUUCCUCGCCUCGCUGCUCAGCUUCUGCACCGUGGAAAAGACGGCACCCGCCUUUGCUGCCUGGCUGAAAGAUCAUCCCAUCAUGUACUCCUUGCUACAAAAUGGUGUACCGACGCUGGUGGUGUCUUUACUCAACGUGGCAGUCCCUUACCUAUACGACUGGCUGUCCAACUACCAGGGCAUGAUCUCGCACGGCGAUGUCGAGCUCUCGGUCAUUUCCAAGAACUUCUUCUUCACAUUCUUCAACACGUUUUUCGUCUUUGCCAUUUCACUCACGGGUCUCGACUUUCUGAGCAAGCUUCAAGACUUCCUCAAAGACACCAGCAAGAUCCCCCGCGCCAUCUCGGACGAUGUGGAGUGGCUGUCCGUCUUCUACAUCUCCUUCAUCAUGCUCCAGGGCAUCGGCCUCAUGCCUUUCCGCAUGCUCGAAUUCGGCAGCGUUGUCCUGCAUCCCAUCUACCGGGCAAUGUCGUCCACGCCGCGCGACUACGCCGAGUUGGAGAAGCCGCCCGUGUUUCAGUAUGGCUUCUACCUGCCAACGGCAUUGCUCAUCUUCAACUUGUGCUUGAUAUACAGCGUGCUUCGUUGGGGCUUUGCGAUUUUGAUUUUCGGCAUCAUCUACUUCGUUCUUGGGUAUUUCACCUUCAAGUACAUGGUCAUGUACGCCAUGGACCAACCACAGCAUGCGACCGGGGGUGCUUGGCGCAUUAUUUGCUACCGCAUCAUGAUCGGUCUGAUCAUUUUCGAGAUUGUCAUGGUGGGACAGAUUGCGGCCGAAUCCGCGUUUGUGCAAUCUAUCUUCAUCCUGCCGCUGAUUCCAUUCACGAUAUGGUACAGCUAUUAUUUCAAGAAGCGCUACGAACCCCUGACCAAGUACAUUGCGCUUCGGGCAAUCAGGUCAACGGAAGAUCACGAGGAUGCCGUUUUGAUGGAUGAGCAGUUUGCGGACGAGGGAGAGUCGCGGCCAUCACAGGCUCUCUUCCGAAGGGGCAGUACGCUGGAUGAGUACCGUGAGAAAGGCGUGACUUUUGUCAACCCCAGCCUUGUGGUCCCUUUGAAACAACCCUGGGUCUAUCGAGAUCCGCCGCCGCUUCCUACAGAGGAGGAGACGAAUACCUCGACAGAAGAGCUGCCCUCGCUGGUGAUGCCUAACACUGUUUCUGGCCUGGGCAUUGGUGAUGCCAACGUCUGGCGGGAUAGCGGUGCUGAUGCGGCGUGAACAUGCUCCCCUAUGUAUGGCUGACAUGGAGACUGUGUGUCAGCCUCGCACUUGAUUUCAGGUACACUUGAUGGAAAGGAUAUACCCAAGGGCUAUUCUAGGUAGAUUAUAAAUGCGUUAAACGAGGAAUCACAUUUGUCACGUUGUCUGGGAAUGCAGUCUAUUGUUAACGUUGACCCUCAUUCACU